CUUCUCCGCCCGAUCCCCCGCGCCCCUCACCUUCUCCUCCUUCCUCCUCCUCCUCCACCUGCUUUCCCAACUUUUGGCAGCGGCGGAGGGGAGACCGCCCUUCCGGGCUCGCCUGAGCUCUGCUUCCCGCCAACCUCUUCCCGGCCCGGGAGCCAUCGGCAGGGCAGGCGGGCGACGGAGAGGAAGCCGGGUCGGGGGAGCCGCGCUCGGCAAGGAUGCCCGCUGCCUCCAGCCAUCCCGCCCCGGGCUGCUAAACCGCCAGCCGCCGCCGCCGCCGCCGCCCCAGAGCCUGUCAGCACCUCCUCGGCGGGGCUGCGAAGGGAGUCGGGAGCGCGGAGUCGCCUGAACCGGAGGACGCGGCUGCCGCCGCCGCCGAUGCCCGUGGUUGGAGCCGCCCGCCGAAGCCAUGCCACCCGCCCGCAAGCUGCUCAGCCUUCUGGUCCUGCUGCUGAUGGGCACCGAGCUCAGCCAAGUGUUGCCUACCAACCCUGAGGAAAGCUGGCAGGUGUACAGUUCUGCUCAGGACAGUGAAGGACGAUGCAUCUGCACAGUGGUAGCACCUCAACAGACGAUGUGCUCACGGGAUGCCAGGACAAAGCAGCUGCGGCAACUCCUGGAAAAGGUACAGAACAUGUCCCAGUCCAUAGAAGUCUUGGACAGGCGAACUCAACGGGAUCUUCAGUAUGUGGAGAAAAUGGAAAAUCAGAUGAGAGGCUUGGAAUCCAAGUUCAAGCAAGUGGAAGAGAGUCACAAGCAACACCUGGCCAGACAGUUUAAGGCGAUAAAAGCGAAAAUGGAGGAGCUUAGGCCCUUGAUCCCAGUCUUGGAGGAGUACAAGGCCGAUGCCAAAUUGGUUUUGCAGUUUAAAGAGGAGGUGCAGAACCUGACGUCGGUUCUGAACGAGCUCCAGGAGGAAAUUGGCGCCUUUGACUACGAAGAGCUCCAGAGCAGAGUCUCAAAUCUUGAAGAGAGGCUGCGGGCAUGCAUGCAGAAAUUAGCGUGUGGGAAAUUGACUGCAAUAAGCGAUCCCAUCACCGUAAAGACCUCCGGUUCAAGGUUCGGCUCCUGGAUGACGGACCCCUUGGCUCCCGAGGGUGAAAGCAAGGUCUGGUACAUGGACAGUUAUCACAACAACCGAUUUGUCCGCGAGUACAAAUCCAUGUCGGACUUCAUGAACACGGAUAACUUCACCUCUCACCGCCUUCCCCACCCGUGGUCUGGCACCGGCCAAGUGGUCUACAACGGCUCCAUUUAUUUCAACAAAUACCAAAGCCACAUCAUCAUCCGGUUCGACUUGAAAACGGAGACCAUCCUCAAAACCCGUAGCUUGGACUACGCCGGCUACAACAACGUCUACCAUUACGCCUGGGGUGGCCAUUCAGACAUCGACCUCAUGGUGGACGAGAAUGGGCUGUGGGCCGUCUACGCCACCAACCAAAACGCGGGGAACAUUGUGAUCAGCAAGCUGGACCCCAACACCCUGCAGAGCCUUCAGACCUGGAACACAAGUUACCCCAAGCGCAGUGCCGGCGAAGGCUUCAUCAUUUGCGGCACGUUGUACGUCACCAACGGCUACUCCGGAGGGACCAAGGUGACCUACGCUUACCAGACCAACAGCUCCACUUACGAGUACAUAGACAUCCCGUUCCUAAACAAAUACUCCCACAUUUCCAUGCUGGACUACAACCCUAAGGACCGAGCCCUCUAUGCGUGGAACAAUGGCCACCAAAUACUUUACAACGUCACCCUUUUCCACGUCAUCAGGUCUGACGAGUUGUAGUCCUUUUUGGGGGGUGCAGCGAUGGGACUGAAGGCUUCACGCACAGCAAACCCCGAGAGCCGACGGCUGUCAGGGACACGUACUUUAAACAAUCAAAAGGGGAGUUUCAAAACGGAGCAGCUGCCAGACUGGAAACAGAGAGGAUGAGACCUGAGUUAAAACUGCAAGAUGAGAACUUAACCUCUCAAAUGUCAAACUACUAUUAUCAAACAACAGGAAAAAUAAUAAUAAAAAAACAUGCUACUCAUUUGCAGCUGGAACUGCACUUGAAAAAUACUUUCCAGCCACUUUUUCAGGGUGGAGCUGGGGUGGUUGUCCCCCCCCCCCCCAAUCCUAUGUUCCAAUAGCAGAGCUGUAGUUACAGAGUGCGAUGAAAGGCAAUGACUGUUGGACAUUCCUUAGGGGUUACCUGGGCUUCUUGUUCCCCCUCUUUUCUUUUUGCCUUUGUUUUCUUCUUGAUGUGUUGCAUGGACACUUCCCUACAUCACAGAGAGUGGCGAUGAAUGUCUGGGGGUUGUUUGACAGCGUACAGUUGAUUCACACUAGCAGAGUUU